UGAAGGCUUGAGGAGUGAACCAGGUUUAAUAUAUCCUCGGCUUGGGGGUCCAGCGCGCAGCAUCUCCGCCCCUGCCGUCCUCCCCCUCCCUCCCUGGCGCGGGUGGGAGCCGCUGACUCAUCUGCCAUCAUCAUCAUCAUCAUCAUCCUCCCCCCACGAGGAAGGGCAGUUCGAGGGGCUGCAUUGCAGACCCAGCAGCGCCGGCAGACAAAAGCGACGCUGCUCCGCCCGCGGCUCCCCGGCACAAAGCGCCCGGCCCGGCACCGAGCUCACCGCUCCCGGCACCGCCCGCCCUCCGCAGCCUGAAAAUGCUGGACACCAUCAGCAGCCAGUACGACUCCUUCAUCUACUGGAGGAUGCCGAUCCCACGGCUGGACAUGGCCGAGCUGGAGGGGCUGGGGCUCGCAGACAUGGCCCUCUACAAGCCCAAGGGAGGGCUGGGCAAGCUUGCUGACCACCGAGGCAGCCAGGAGCUCUCCCAAGAAGAGGACAGUCUGCUGCAGUUCAACAGCUUUAAUUUCUGGCGAGCUCCCAUUGCCAGCAUCAGCUCCUUCGAUUUCGAUUUAAUUUGAAGCCCUCCCUGCCACUCCUCUCCCCCCUGCUCUCUCUCUUUCCGCCAGGAUUUGGUUUUGGUGUCACUUCGGAGGUUGUUGGGUUGGGUUUUUUUGUUUCUGGGUGGUUUUGCCGUUCCUCAUUCACUCAGCAGCUCACCUCGAUGGUGAUGGGCUCCCCAAAAAUCUCCAACCCCUCUCUCCCCCUUUUCCUCCUGGAAUCACAACAGCACUGGGGGCAAACACCAGGGGAGGGAGCACAAACAGCCCCUCUCCAUUCCCAGAGGGUUUGGGAGGUGCCACCCCCUGUGUCAGCAUGGCUGUCCCCACCCUGUGUGACAAUUUCUCAAGUGCUUUUUUAAGAAACUCAUUUGUGCAAUCGCCCUCGUUCUGCAGAAAGCAUCGACCCUCUGCGCUCCCCUGGCCCAAUUUCUCAAAAUUCCUCUUCGUCCCUUAACCUUCCCCUCGGGAAUGCAAGGUGGAAGAGGCAGGGGUGUGCCCAAGAUAUCAGCACAAACCUUCUUCUUGAGAAAAAGAAUCACUUUGAGCCUUGUGGUGUGAGUCCAAGCGGGAAAAAUUAUGUCCAGGAGGGUAAAUAGACAUGGAAAUGCUCUGACUUUGCUUAGUGGGGUCAAGGCCAGGUGUUUAUUGCCCCCAAAUUUUAUUUUUUCAUCCUUUUUUUACGCCCCACAUGGUUUAUGCCCAGUGCUGGGACAGAUGCUGGGUACAUUGUGGGGUGUGAAAGGGUGAUGGGGCAGAGCUGAAAGGUGGAUCUUAUCCCCAAAUGAAAAUAUUUCAGGUUUUCCACCACACUUAACCCCUUUAAAACCAACAACAAACAAUGCUGCAUUCAUUCAAGCGGAAGCCUUGAGUUUUCUCCUGGGGAGAUUUUCACCUGCUGAGGUUUAUUUCUGAGCAUCAUCUCAAAAUGGGAGGGCAAAAACCCAACCUGGAAUGAUUAUUAUUUUUUUCCCCAGUAUUGUUUUCUGGGAUUGAUUUAUCUUCUUGAAUGUGCUUUUUUUUUUUUGGGUUUGAUUGGGAUGAAGUGAUGUGGAGCAUCCCAAAAUCAUCCUGAGAGUUGGGGGGUGUGUGGCUGGGGGCAGGCUGAGGCAGCACUUUAAAAAGUGCCGGGAAUAGGCAAAAAAUUGGAAAAAAUCUGCAUUCUACUAUGAAAAUUGGAUGCAGCUCUCCUGUAAUCUGCAGAAAGAAUCAAGUGUGCUGAUUUUGAACCAUCUGUGUAAAACCAGAGAUGAAAAAUGUAAACUCUCCUCUGCAGAGCUGUUUUGACUUCUGUGUUCCCAGCUAAGAAAACCUGCAGGAGAAGUAUUUAUUAUGAAACUUUAAAUAAAAUCAGUUCAAAACAUACA